CUCACUGAUUACCCUACCAGCAGAGGUAUUUAAUAUUCCAGUCAUCUCCAAGAAAGACGCGCGUGCGCACGAGAGUCUCUAACUCGGAAGUAGCGAGCGCACAAUGAAGUGUUAUGGCUUGCCAUGGUUUUUGGAACUUAAAUUUGUAUUUCAACACUUGUGUGGAUCUGGAGGAGAAAGCCCAAUGCCGUAGUUUGACAGCAAGGGUGACUUGUGUGGAUGCUAGUUAGAGUGUGGAGGACUGAUACAGACAGGUCGCUCUGGCUGGGGUUUGUUAUGUCAGUGACAUGACGCAGUGCUCUCAUACUCGUGCCAUCUUCACCAAACUCAAGUUGUGUAAAGGAUGUAUAUUUGUUCUUCUGAUAGUGCUGACAACAUCACGUAGCGUGUUGUCAUUCUGUCCAGUUGGGGAAUCACGAUGUCCUAACGGAAGAUGUAUCCCAGAAGUGCGAAUACAAAAUGGCGUUGAUGACUGCCCUGAUGGAAAAUAUGAUGAACGAGGCCCAUUCUGUAACCUGGAGACAGAGUUACAGUGUGCGAAUGGACGUUGUUUGCCUCGCGACAAGUUCAAUAACUCCGUCAAUGACUGCGGAGACAACUCUGAUGAAGUCAAUGAGCCUUGCCUUGUCGGUACAUUCACGUGCAGCACGGACAACGCGUGCAUCAACAUCACGCAGGUCCUAAAUGACGUCAUGGAUUGUGCCGACGGAAGUGACGAAGCCAAACGUAUCGGGAUGUCGUGUCGACCCAACCCUCCAUGUUGUGACUGUGACCAGUACGUUGGUUUCUCCGAGUGCCGCCAGGGGUCGUGCCAGUGUCUAUCCGGGUACUUCUCCAACAACCUGGGAACACAGUGCACUAGACGUAAGUUUGGAGACCGCUGUACGUUAAACCAAGAGUGCUGGGACGCCUAUUCCAGAGGUGUUUGUUCAAGGAACGGAACAUGUGCCUGUGAAUCUGGUUACUAUAGGCACGAUAACCUUACUGGCUGUACAAUAAGAAAGAUAGGUGACAAAACAUGCGCACUUGACAGCGACUGUGAAGAUGCUGUGUCCAACAGUGAGUGUGUCCAGAAUGUAUGCGCCUGCAGUGUCGGCUUCAACCCCUCCGAUGACGGGACACAGUGCGUCAAAAGAAAGAUUGGUGACGCUACCUGUGGCAGUGAUGAGGACUGCUCGGCUGCUGUCGCCAACAGCAUCUGUACCAAGGGGGCGUGCCAAUGUGUCAGUGGUUACCGUGCGACGAGAGACAACAGACAAUGUAUACAAAGGAAGAUCGCUGACAAAUGCACCGUCCAUAGCGACUGCAAUGACGCCGUGGCACACAGCAACUGCACCAAAGGCGUUUGCAUUUGCAACUCUGGAUACUACGACAUCCUUAAAGGCACGGAGUGUACAGUCCGUAAGAUUGGAGAUCGUUGUAGCAUUGACUCAGACUGCAAAGAUGCAGUUGGAAACAGCACGUGCAGCAGCAAAAUGUGCUCGUGCAAGCGUGGAUUCAGGGUAGGCGAUGACGACAACGAGUGCAUCAUGAAUAAAAUAGACGAUUUCUGUUUCUUUGAUAUGCAUUGCAGUGACGCUAUUCCGAAUAGCUUGUGCAAGGACUCAAAAUGCACGUGUGAAGUCGGAUACAGGGCUGUUAAAGAAAACACAAAGUGUCUAAAACGUAAAAUUGGGGACCCAACGUGUAAAGUCCACGACGACUGCAAAGCCGUUAUAGCCAACUCUGAGUGUAGGGGUUCAAUGUGUGUCUGUCGGUCUGGUUUUCUGGCUAGCUCUGACCUGGAUUCCUGCGACCUCCGCGGUAUUGAUGAUGCAUGUGCCGUCCACGCCGAUUGUUUUGACGCCGUGGUGCACAGCAACUGCACCGACGACGUAUGUGUAUGUGACAUGGGAUACUAUGCAAGUGAUGACGGUAGUGAGUGCCUUAUACGGACUAUAGGUAGUAAAUGCGAAGUAGACAGUGAUUGUCGUGCUGUGUCUAUGGGUAAAUGUGUUAAAAAGGUUUGUGAAUGUGCAUCAGGGUACCACUCAAUAAACUCUGGUACUGAAUGCGAACAACGCAGAAUUGGUGAUGCGACAUGUGCGACGCACCGAGACUGCUUCGACGCUGUUCCUGACAGCAAUUGUACCGACGGAGCGUGCGCCUGCAAUUCUGGAUUUUAUCAAAGCUCUGAUGAAACCAAAUGUAUCCUUCGCGAAAUAAACGAUUUUUGUUCCAUGGCUACGCCCAGUGACUGUUCCGACGCUGUAGCAAAUAGUGACUGUCUCAGCUUCGUGUGUAAGUGCAAUUCCGGUUUUUACCCUUCCGAUAAUUUCAGUAAAUGUAAAAAACGGAAGAUAUACGACAACACCUGCUUCAGUGACAAGGAUUGUAGCGAUGCUGUUCGGAACAGCAAUUGCACCAAAGGCACGUGCUUGUGUGAGUCAGGGUUCAAGGUCAACGUCUACAACUCCUCGUGUAUACAACGUAAAGUGAAUGAUGACUGCGCCUUGGACACGGACUGUAGAGAUGCGAUCGACAGCAGCACCUGCAUCAACAACAGAUGUUCCUGUGUCUCAGGAUAUCGGAUGUCAAGUGACAGGACCGCUUGCGUCAAACGAAAGAUUGGUGAUGCUUCUUGCAACGUCGACAGUGACUGUUUCAACGCCGUUCCAAACAGCAAUUGCACCAAUGGUAUUUGCUACUGUGAAUCUGGCUACAGAAGUGAAGACGAGCAAGACCUUUGCACAAAGCGGGUCAUUCAUGACGUAUGUGACCUUGACACUGAUUGUUCGGACGCCGUGUUGCAUAGCAACUGUAAUAGUGGCGUGUGUGAGUGUAACAGUGGAUUCUACGUCGCCGGAAACAUGACGUCAUGUAUCCAGCGUAAAAUAGGUGACGCUAACUGUAAAUCUGACUCUGACUGUUCUGACGCUGUCCCUGACUCGAUGUGCUUGAAUAACACCUGUGCGUGUGUGUCUGGGUCACAUCAUACUGAUGACUUCAAGAUAUGCGUGCUCAGAGUCGUUGGAGAUGCUACGUGUAAAGUGGACACCGACUGCAGCGACGCCGUUCCCAAUAGCAACUGCACAUCUGGCACGUGCUACUGUAAUUCCGGCUACUACGAUGAAAAUUAUAGAACAGAGUGUGUUAAAAGGAAAAUAGGUGACGCAACAUGCUUCAUUGAUGCUGACUGUUCAGAUGCAGUUGCUAAUAGCAACUGUACAUCUCGUGUGUGUCUGUGCAACUCUGGUUACCAUGUAAACUCCAAGAAAACCACGUGCAGCAUGCGGAGGAUCUACGACACCACAUGCCUCAUGGACUCCGACUGCAACGACGUCGUUCCCAGCAGCCACUGUGUUGGAGGCGUGUGUUUAUGUCAGCUUGGUCACAGCGUAAACAAGAAGAGAACAGUUUGCACUAAACGUCGAAUUUACGACACCACUUGUGAAAAAGACAUUGACUGCAGCGCAGCGGUUGCUAAAAGCAACUGUACAGAUAACACGUGCUACUGUAAUUCCGGUUACUAUAGCAACAAAUUCAAUGAUACCUGUACGAAACGUAAAAUUGGAGACACUUGCUCAUUGGAUACGGACUGUGAUUCUGCCGUUGCCAUGAGCGCAUGCGUGGAAUCUAAAUGCACGUGCUUAUCGGGAUAUCAAGUAGAUGAUACGAAGACAAUGUGUUCAAGGAGGAAGAUAUUCGAUGCUACGUGUACGGUCAACUCUGACUGUUAUGAUGCGGUUGCCCAUAGUAACUGCUCCCGUGGGAUAUGCAAAUGUGAUUCGGGUUAUCAUGUUUCUACCAACAAGACUUUGUGCAUUCUGAGAAAGAUUGGAGAUGCUUCCUGUGUCAUUAACUCAGACUGCAAUGCCGCCGUACCACACAGCUGGUGUAGCGAGGGAAUAUGCACGUGCGACUCCGGAUAUGACGUCACACACUUGAAGACUGCGUGCGUCAAGCGUCCUUCGUAUUUGAGUGAGAGGUGCUAUUUCUUCGACCAGUGUCGGCAUAUUCACCCCAAAAGCUAUUGUGAUGCUAACGAUGCCUGUGUUUGUCCUCGUGAACACUUUGUUCUUUUUGACAACAUCACGUGUCAGCCAUAUCCUGUGCAGUUGAACGACUACUGCAGUAUGCCUUCCCAGUGCUUCACGGCCAUCAGCAACAGCUACUGCAGCAGCAACUACACCUGUGUCUGCGACGAUGGAUACUUCCCAGACACAGACACUAAUGCCUGUCGAAAAUACCCGGUGUUGUUGGGCGACAGAUGUCUAGAAGGUUGGCACUGCAGCAAAACAUUGAACCAUUCGGAGUGCUCAUCAAUCCAGAACUGUUCCUGUGUGUAUGGCUACACACCGGUCGAAAACAACACCCUUUGUGUUGAACGUCCACACAUUCCACCUUUUUACAUUCCACGGACGCCUCCCCCGAGGCUGUGUGACCCGAGUGACCAAUGGAAAUGCAACAGCGACAACAACAGCAUGUGCAGUUUGCCUCUGGGUCCAAUUCCGAUCACCAGCGGUAUAUGUCGGUGUAUGGCAGGAUUCGCCUCCUCUCACAGAGAUGAACCAUGCCAAGCAACCCAGUCCUAUCACGUCUCAUUCAACAUUACCAUGGAGGCCGGCACAUACGAUUACUUGCCCAUCACAUUCCACCCUAGUCUUGCCAACAGAAGUUCUGAUCGAUACUCCGAGAUGAGGUCAAGGAUAACGCUGGUUGGGCUUGACAACAUGUUCCGCAACGCUUCUCUCCCCUCCAAGUACCUGCGCAGUUCACUGCUCAAUAUCACCGAUCUCCAUCCGGGUCUUAAUGUGUCCGCCGUUGUCCAGGUGACAGCCCGGAAGUACAACCCAAUGAAGCCAAAGCUCAUAGAAGAUUUGUUAGUUCUAUUAAUAGAAAGGUCUUAUGGCGAAUUGGGACAGAGUCGGUUAAAAGUCGGCGCACCAUAUUUUAGUCACGUUAAAGUCAAAGACCUGGACGAAUGCAGGCACAGCGACUACAACGACUGCGACCCCGGCUCCUGGUGCAUCAACACCCUCGGGGGCUUCCUGUGCGUCUGUAGGUCAGUCUACGAUGACGACUCCAGGAGACUUGGACUCAGGAUGGGCAGAAAGUGUAUAGAACCAACAACAGCGGAAUUACAUCAAGAAUCCUGCGGAAGUGAUAACUGUAAGACCAACUGGGAAUUUGUUGGGCUCACCUUGGCCGCCUUCUUCCUGGUGUUGCUCUUCCUGAUCGUGUAUGAAAUCAUUACAAGGAAAAGACAAAUGACAGCCAGGGAAGCUUACAUGAGAUUUGGAAGGGCAACUCGACAGAAGAUCUUUCAACUGAGACGGAUGUCACGUGAUCUUGGCAUCCGGGUCAAACAAAAUGUUCGCCGGAAGUCGUCUGCGAUGAGUACGAUAGCAGAAGAAGAUGACUACUAUAAAGAUGACAAUGAGGAUGUGUGAGACGUCAUCACCCACUACUAACAGGCUCAGGUAUACCACUCUCAUCAGCUCACUACAGCGUUCAACAUCUCACACUAUGCUUACGAGCCCAGGGAUCAACACUUCCGGGUCACCACUGCCGACACAAGUGAUCUUAACCAUCUCCACGACGCAGAUGUAUAGUGAUGAUGAUAACUGAUGUGGCUGUGAAAAUAAAGUUCAUGUUGAUUAU